GGCCCGAGAGCGCAGCCCAAGCCCGGGAGGCGGCUGCUACGGUGACUGUGGGCUGGUCUCUCCUCACACACAUUCCCACUCACACACGCACGCACGCGCACACCCACACACCCACACGCCCCCCUGGACUCCUGGCGCUCCCCGAGGCGGAGCGGGAGUACCAGCUCGCGGGCACCGACGCCGCCGAGAGCAGCGGGCUCGGGUUUCUCCCUCGGCUCGGAGCGGACGAGGAGGAGGAGCCGGAGCCGGAGCCGGAGCUUUCAAGGUUACCCCCUCACUCAUGGAAAAAUGGAUCAUUCCAACCCUUGGAGAACCCAGCUCUCACAGCAUUUAGACCUUACUUUAAGUCAUCUAAUUUCCAUUUCAACAUCAUAGAACUUGCUAAAGAACUUAAACUAAAUAUUUUGUUUUAAAAAAACAACUUCAAAAUGACUUUGUGAAUUAUCAUGACAUAGAUGUCCUGUCCAAGAAGGUUGAGACCAACAAUAGAUCCUAUGCCCAGGAUUAGUGUCUUCUACAAUGUGACUUUUCAUUCAAACUCACAUGUGCACUAGCUACUGUAUCUUGGCAAUAUAUCUAUCCCACCAUCAAGUUUUGUUUCCUUUUGCAGGGGAAAAAUAACACUGCCUGACAUUAUCAAGUUAUUACUAAAUCUAAACAUCAAAAAUGUACAUAGCCUAGGUGAAGAAACUAGGAAAUCUAAGCUGAACCAGAACUUCUUGUGAAUUCAGAAUUCCACUAGGUGGAUUUUAUGUUAUGGCAGCAGCCUAUAGGCUUGUGGUUAGCACUGUGAACUAUUACAACAGUGUUGUCAUAGAUCAGCGCUUUCAGCAGGCUAUACAUUAUUGCACUGGAACUUGCCAGACCUUCAGGCAUGGAGUCGACUGUAUUGUGGUACAUCAUAGUGUUUGUGCAGAGCUCUUGCAUAUUCCUGUCUCUGGUGUCAAAAAUGCAGUACAUACUCCUAUAUUUCUACCUGAUGAAAAUGGUCUUUCCUUGGCUGAGAGUGAAGAAACCCAUCAAAUCCUCCCUGGUAUACCUAAGGUCAAGAAGGUAUCUGUGGUACAAAGCACCUGCAACCUAAAAGAUAUUGCAGGAGAUGCAAUCAAUUUUGCCAGUGGAAAAAUCAAGGAAUUUUCUCUUGAAAAACUUAAAAACUCUAAUCAUGUGACUUACAGAAAGGGAAGAAAAGUUAAGAGUGACUCAUUUAAUAGGCGGUCAGUUGAUUUUGACCUGAUCUUUGGUCAUUAUGGCAGUGAUGGGAAUUAUCCAUCCUUUGGUUUACUUCGGAGUUCUUCACUUGAGGAAAAACCUGUGCCCCAUAGUAAUUUACUUGAAACAAAUAUGGCUUCCUUGUUUCUCCAAAAUUUGUCUGAAGAGAAUUUAAUUACCCAGAUAUUGGAAAAACAUAAGUUGGAUAGCCCUUCUUCUGGGACAGAUAUAAAGAUGUGUUUGGAUAUCUUGCUCAAGUGCUCUGAGGAUUUGAAAAAAUGCACAGACAUCAUAAAGCAAUGCAUAAAGAAAAAGUCAGGUAACAAUAUCAGUGAAGGAAGUGGUCAUGAUUCAUUUUCAAGCUCAGAAACUAUCUAUAUGAAUGUAAUGACCAGGUUAGCUUCCUAUUUAAAAAAGAUACCAUUUGAAUUCAUGCAUUCUGGACAUACUGAGAAUGCAGACCUGACCGAAUUUAUUAGUAAUUUGCCAAACUUACAGCCAACUCCCUUCUCCCCAAUAUUUGGCACUGAACAGCCCCCUAAAUAUGAGGAUGUUGUCCAGUUAGCACCAGAAACAGAGCAGUUCCAUCCAAUUGAAUUUCAAGAAGACAGGCAUGAUAGUAUUAAAACUGGAACAAUUAAGUCUAUUCAGACUAACUCCACAAAAGGUCCUUCAAAUUCCUUACGAAGUUUAGAGCUAAAUGACCCCAGAACUACAGAAGCUGUCAAACUUAAACCACAAACUUUAACUAUGAAUCCUCUAGAAGGUGUUUCUUCUACUGACUUCAUGGAAACUCUUUAUAUUGAGGAAGAGUCAGAUGGGAGAAAAGUGUUUGAUAAGGAAAAAAGAACUGAGGACAGCUUUAAUCAAGAAUCUUUAGAAAUGAACAAAAGUAAACCAGAAUAUACAGACCUUGAUAACAGUCUUGAAAAAUCUCCUACCCUAGUACAAGCUGAAACUCUUGGCAAGGCCUUUGAAAAAACAACUUAUGGUUUAUCUAAGGAGGACCCUACACCCAAAGUCACUAAAGUUGAAGAGAGAGACAACAUAGGUAUUAUGAAACCUAAUAAUCAGGAAGAGAUAGAUAAGCUAUUAUUGGACCUGGAGUGUUUCUCACAGAGAAUGGAGAGCACACUAGGGGAGCCUCUUGUCAAGAGUUGUGACACUAAAUCUUUAAACAACCAUAAUCCUUUGGUUGAGCAAAUACCUUUGGAUCUUGAGCCCAAAUCUAAUGACUCUUCACGGUCAGAAAAAUCUCCUUCCUCCUGUUUGACAAGAAUUAUUGAAACCAAUGGACAUAAAAUAGAAGAAGAGGAUCGUGCUCUCUUGCUGCGUAUCCUAGAAAGCAUUGAGGAUUUUGCUCAAGAACUAGUUGAAUGUAAAUCAGGCAGAGGAAGCUUAUCACAAGAAAAGGAAAUGAUGCAAAUUUUGCAGGAAACUUUGACAACUUCCUCUCAAGCUCGAUCAUCAGUAUGUCAAAGUCAUACAAGUGAUAAAACCAAAGAUAAUACUGCAGUGGUUUUGAUUCAGCAGAGCCCUGAAGUAAUCAAGGUUCAGAAUAAACAAGAAAAGAAACUUGGAACACUACUUGUACCUGCAGCCAGUGUUGGAAGCAGCCCCCAACCUCUUUCUCCUCUUCAUGUGAAUAAUGUUGCUGUCAAUGUACCAUUAUCCAUAAACAUUCCACGAUUCUACUACCCUAAAGGACUUCCAGAUGCAUGUGCAAACCAUGAACAGGCCAUAAACAGAAUUGAAACAGCCUUCAUGGAAGUUGAAGAUCAGAAAGCAGAUAUUUAUGAAAUGGGGAAAAUUGCAAAGGCAUGUGGCUGCCCUUUCUAUUGGAAAGCCCCCAUGUUCAGUGCCGCAGGGGGUGAAAGGACAGGAUUUGUAUCUGUACAUUCAUUCAUAGCCAUGUGGCGAAAAUUGCUGUCUAACUGCCAUGAUGAUGCAUCUAAGUUUGUUUAUCUUCUAGCAAAGCCCAACUACAGUUGUCUAGAACAAGAGGAUUUUAUUCCUUUACUUCAGGAUGUAGUGGAUACACACCCUGGCCUCACGUUUCUUAAGGAUGCUCCAGAAUUCCAUUCCCGCUACAUCACUACGGUUAUUCAGAGAAUAUUCUACACAGUCAACAGAUCCUGGACUGGCAAAAUCACUUUGACAGAGCUAAGGAAAAGCAACUUUUUGCAAACAUUAGCCCUUUUGGAAGAAGAAGAAGACAUAAACCAAAUCACAGAUUAUUUCUCCUAUGAACACUUCUAUGUCAUUUACUGUAAAUUCUGGGAACUGGACAGUGAUCAUGACCUCUACAUCAACCAAACCGAUCUAUCGAGAUAUAAUGACCAGGCAUCAUCAAAUAGGAUUAUUGAAAGAAUAUUUUCUGGAGCAGUGACAAGGGGGAAUGUUGUACAAAAAGAAGGAAGAAUGAGCUAUGCAGAUUUUGUAUGGUUUCUGAUCUCUGAAGAGGAUAAAAGAAAUCUGACAAGCAUUGAAUAUUGGUUCCGCUGCAUGGAUUUGGAUGGGGAUGGUGUGCUCUCCAUGUAUGAACUUGAAUAUUUCUAUGAAGAACAGUGUGAAAGAAUGGAAGCAAUGGGCAUUGAACCAUUGCCAUUCCAUGACUUGCUCUGCCAGAUGCUUGACCUGGUGAAGCCAGAACUUGACGGCAAAAUAACUCUCAGAGACCUGAAGAGGUGCAGAAUGGCUCAUAUUUUUUAUGACACUUUCUUUAAUCUGGAGAAAUACCUGGACCAUGAACAGAGAGAUCCCUUUGCAGUGCAAAAGGAUGUUGAGAAUGAUAACCCCGAACCUUCUGAUUGGGACAGAUAUGCUGCUGAGGAAUAUGAAAUUCUUGUUGCAGAGGAAUCUGCUAAUGAGCAAUUACAAGAAGGCUCUUUUGAAGAAUAUGAAGCAGAUGAACCUGUUCCUCCUUCUGAACUUGGAAACAAAGGGGACAAAAUAGUCAUCUCAAGCCUUUCGGAGAAAUGUGGAAAGCUUCACUCAGGAGAUGAAGAGUAGCUGCCAAGCCCAGUGAAGCCAGCACACAUGUAUCUUAAAGUUUAUUUCCUCAUGGAAAGGAUAUUUUGUAUACUGCCACUUAAAAUCUUUCGUAUCUGUAAAUGUACAAUUGCACUGGAUUAACUUAAAAUGGUUUUUGUGCAAUAGGUCUCAAUGUACGUUCUAAUUUGGGGCUUUUCCAGUUUCCUCCUAUUAAUUUUCCUUAAUGCCACAAUAUGUGGGAAAUGAAUAGAAUUGUUACAUCACCACUAAAAAGAUGGCAAUCUGUGGCAUGCCCUUGAAUAUAUUAGAGCUCUUCUACAUUUAAGUGUUCAAAAAUAUUAAGUGAUAUCUUCUAGCUUCUCACUAUGUCCCUGUAAACAUAAUAUAGGUAUGGUUCACUCACACACACCCCCCCCCCAAUAAAAUCAAGGCAAACUAAGACAUAAAAAUUAAACCUGAAAAGACUCAAAUCUACUUGUCCCCUGGGUAUGUGUAUAUAUGUGUGUAUACAUAUGUGUAUACAUAUAUGUAUAUGUUAUAGUGUUCAACUAUUGCAAAGGGAUUUCUUUUAGUUACGAACAUGGACUGCAGUACAAAGAUCAGCUUACUCAGCCAUUGUAGUUUUAUAAUUAAUAAGCCAAAUGGCUUCAUCCUCAAGCAUUAUGAACUACUAGGAGUUACAACUCUUCUUUGAAGCUAGGUAAAUUUCUUUCCCCCAAGGUCAUUUGACUGAAUUAAAAGGGAGAAGUAAAAUCCUGAUAGCACCUAUAAUUUCCAAAAAGGAGAAAUUUGCUUAACUCAAGAUAUGAACUACUUCAGGAAUCUGACUCCUUGAGAGUAAUCUCAGUUUAUAUACCUAUAAUUAUGUCUGAAGAAAAUGAAAACUAUUGAAUUUUAGAACCUAACAAAUUUUGUUACCCAGAAUCCCCAUACCCAUUGUUUUCUUUGACAGAAAGAAAAAAGCCAACUUGAAGACAUCAGGAAAUUAACUCCUACAAUUAUUACUUCAACAUGAAUAAACUUUUUUAACCACAGCUUACUCAUUUAAAUUUCUGGAUUGGACUUUCAUAGGAAAAUGGAAUGAAAAUUUUAAUUCUUUUCAUAAGGAAAAACAAACCUGUGUUUGUCCCCUGUGGAGGCAAGGAGGUGGUUGAGAAUGUUCGCAAGAAAUGUUCCACAAAACCAAUGCCACCAAAUUCUACAUCUAAUAACAUUUUGUCUUACCUUGAAAAUAAAUAAUAAUGAAUAGUAAAUAAUGAUGAAGACUUGAAAUAUACUUUAAUAGAAAGCUACAGAUAACUUUUUUUUUAAGAUACCUUAUGCCAAAAGCAUCUUUUGUCCUAAACUUUUGUUGCCAAACUUCCAGUGGUAACCAGGUUUAGUUUUUAUUUAGGUUAUCAAGUGUAUUUCAUUUACCCUCUCACAGCCCCUUUUUGGUGAAGGGUCAAAUGAACAAUGAAAUAAAGCAUAGGCAACAAUGUAGGAGAAAUUAAGAAAAUGUAUUUAUCAUUAAAACUUUGAAUUAUCAAUAAUUCCUCAUACUUACACUUCAAAAGUGAGGAUUCCAGGGGCAGCUAGAUGGUGCAGUGGACAAAGAACCAGCCUUGGAUUCAGGAGAACUUGAGUUCAAAUACUGCCUCAGACACUUGAAACUUACUGGCUGUGACACCCUGGGCAAGUCACUUAACCAUUGCCCCACCCAGAAAAAUAAAAAUUUUAAAUUCCAAUUUCUUUAGUUGCUUUACCCUUCGUGACUAGAAAGUGAACUUUUCAUUUAAGUUCAAAAGAGAAAUCAUUACCAAAAAUUCCUACUUCCCCCAGAAGGAACUCAAAAAUAGAACUGACAUCUGUAGAGAAAACAAACCUGUGGCAACCUAAAAACCCUAGGAUUAUUGCUUCUUUUCCUGAUACAAUUAAUUGCAUUUACCUACAAUCCUCAAUUUUUUUUCCAGCAGAAGAAAUCAACUGUUUUUGAUCCUGCAUGGUAUGAUAAAGGGUAAUAAAACUGAUUUUUCUAGAAAUGAAAAUGAAUGUAGUGUAGAUGAUCUGACAUUCAUAAUGGCUUAUAUAUACUGUUUCAUUUAGACUCAGGAAAGAAAAUUAAAACUCAGUUCUAUAUUUUAAAAUAAUACAAGCUAGGCUUGUUUCUUGCCUUCAUUUGGCCUAUUUUGUUUUGACUUUGCUUCUCUACUAAAUUCCCUAUGCUUUAAAUAGAUAAUUUAUAGGUAAUUUUGCAUUUUAUUCUGUAAGUAAAAACACAACAGCCAAUGCCAUUAAAAAUGACAAACAUUUCUUAAAUUAAAAUUUUAAGGUACCUCCAAUUUAUAAGGCUCUCAGGCAUAUUUUAAAAAUAAAAUGUACAAUAUGAGAGCUUAUUUAACAUAAAAAAGAAAUCUGUAGAACUGGGUAGUAUGUUGUUUGAUUAUGUGCUACAGAAAUCAUGCUAAGAUUAUCACAUUAUUCCAGAACUAGCAACACCACAUCACAUCACAAUUCCCGAUAAAUCUUAAUUGAUGAUACUUACAUUAUUAUUUAUUAUGGUCUUAAUACUAUGCAACACAAAAUAAACUUCAAGAGCAUAGCACUAAUUGCUAUGCUACAAAUAAUUAAAUACAAUUUUAUGGCUUUUUCCCAUGCAUCUUAUCCCAUUUCUUUGUAUAAUAUUUGAGUAGUGUUUACAGUGGCUAAAGAUAUAAUCAAUUAAGUUGAGUGACUUGUGCAGACUUGGAAAAUGUGUUGGGAGGGGGAAUGGGAGGGACGCAUGGUUUUAUCUUUGAUUCACUUUGUUUUUCCCCUUUUUGAAAAUCAAAUAAAGGUAUGUGCAAGAAGGCAUGUUUACUAAAGGAACUACAGACUAUCUGAAACAGAAGUCACUUUAGAGGUUAUCUAAGUUUAACCUGUACAUGACCUAUCCCUUCUACAAUAUUCCCAACAAAUAGUCAAAUCAUCUAUUAAUGUGGACCCUACCUACUAGGACAGCCUGAUCCUCUUUAGGAUGGCUCCAAAUGUUACAUUUAGGCAAAAAUGUGGCUUCUAAAUUUCAUCACUGUUAAUAACUCUGCCCCCCUCUGGAUCUAAACAAAACAAAUCCUCUCCUAUGUGUCAGCCAAGUGCAGCUAUCCUGUAUUCAUUGGCACUACCAGCUUUGUGUCAUUUGCAAAUACUAUCCAAGUUGCUAAUGAAAAGGGUGACAGAAAAAAGACUGGUGACCCCAUCCUAUGGUAAAAUAAUGAACCAUUUCUUCAGCCCAGUGAUUCCUUCCUUAAUCACAGGUCUUCUGGAUUUUAAAUCCACCUAACUUCCACUUGGCUAACAAUCUUUCCAUAUUGCCCACAAGCAUAUCAUAAGACACUUGCUGAAAUUCAGUUAUAGUUUGUUGUUUAUAGUAUUCCCUUGAUCAAUUUAGUCUAAACUAAUAAAAAUAAGGAAUGAAAGAAAAAAAAAGACAUCAGAAUGGCAUGACUUAUUUCUAAUGAAUUCAUAUUGGUACUUGCUGAUCACUAUUCUUUUCCCAAUGUGCUCACAAACCAACAUUUUAAUAAUGCAUUUUAGAAUUUUGCUAAGAACCACACUCAGAACCUUAUAAACAACCCAAUGUCUUCCCCUUUUAUAAAACGACUUUUUUCAUUAUUACAAUCACACUGAACAGUUUUACAAAGUGCAGCAAUCCUAUCUACAAAUUAUUUAUUUCAUUGGACAACUGUCUUACCUGUUAAUUCUCUAUAAUAUUAGGCUUAAAAUAUAUAAAUAAGUAGUUUUCUCCAUUCCCCUCCUUUCCCAAUUUAAAGCUCUUUUGAUCACAAACACCUUCAUUCAAAUACAUUCUUUCUGGCCCUCAAUAACAUGCACUCCAUUCUCAGUCAAGUACUCAAUUCCUUUACCUAAAACCCUGCCCCAGAAAUGUAAAUAAAUGCUGUUUGCCCUGCAGACCAUUUUUAGUUUAGCAUAAGGUAUAUCCAUAUUUGAAAAAAAAUUUUUUAAUCUAGAUUUCAAAUUCUCAAAUUUACUUCAGAAGUUUUGUGAAUAGUUUUUAAAAGUAUAAAGUGCUAUACAUUCAGUUUAUAAUAGAAAUAGAACUGUCGAUUUCUAAAUCUAAAGCACCGUAUAUUUGGGUGUCUUCAUGUGCAAAAAUAUGGAAUGUUUCUGCCUAUUUGUUUUCAUAAAAUCUACUUUUCCUCAAGUUUUAAGGAGGCAUUUUAUUAAACAAUAUUUCCUACCUCUUAACUUAUAACUCCUACCAUCAAAUAUAUAGGAAUUUGAACUUAGGCAUGAUGAUAAGUUUUUAAACAACAAAAGUUCUACCUCCAAGCAUAAAAAUAAAGCUUUGAGUUAAUAUUCCUCACAGAGGAAUAAGAUGUGACAUUGUAAAUAACCGUGGCCAUUAAAAGCAACUUAAUUCUUCUGAUCAUUUCAGAUCUUCUUAGACAAUUUCUGAGACAACUUAAGACCUCUUCAGUUGUUUAUCUUCCUUUUAAGUCACUAGUCAUCAGUGUUAAAUAUUCACAGGAUGUAGAAAAGCAACAAAAUAUAACCAUAAAAAAGGAACAAGAUGCAAUCAAAUUGUUGUUCCUAAAAUUACAUAUUAGAAAACACUGAGUACAUACCAUCCCAAAGCCCUCAACAUUCUACAACAUGGAAUUAGAAAACUAACAUUUAUUGAUAGACUUAGGGCAUAAUACAUAUUUCAAAAAACGUGGCAGUGAGAAUACCAGCAUAAAAAAGGGAAAUUUGUGUUAAAAACAACCUGAAAUCA